UACCUGUUGGAUAGGGACUGUGCUUAUUAAUAGGGAAGAAAAAUAAUUUGAUUACAAUGAUAACUUUGAUCCGGAAGUCAAACUGCAGGUAUAAGGUUUAAAAUAUUGUGUUUCUGAAACGUUAUGCAAUGAAAUAGAAAAACUUCGAAGUGCGUGUGAUCAGCAGAGGACCUGUUUAGAUUCAUUUGAAAAGAAAAAAAAAUAACAAAAAUGAAAUUGAAGGCUGAACAACGCGUAACAGAAACUAUCCAUCCCGCUUCUUUCCUCUUUUCCUCGAAACGGCCCAGCUGACAUUUAUGUAAGAGGAGGAGCCCUGAAGUCUCCCAUCACUUGGAGAAAUGUUAAAGCCAGUCACAACCUCCUGACAUACCAGACACUACGUUCACCUACGGCGCGCUGGUUGGCCCCUCUGGACAGACACCAGGAGCUUUUAGGAACGGUUUGUGCGCCAUGAGAAUAAGAAACAUGAAUCUUGACUGCAGUGUUUUGAUGGAGAGGGGAUAGUUUUCGGCCUAUACGCUGGAUACGUUGCAUCCUUAAGACGGGAGACGACUCGAGGCGAAGGACCACGCUUUCCACUUGAACAAUCGCUCCAAUUCUCAGGUCGACUGCGGUGCGUAAAUGCAACUGUUGCAACUGCCGUGCUGCAAGGGGAUUUUAUUAUUCCACAGAAGCGCGUUCAUUGACAUUUCAACUAAUUGCUGUUUAGGGAAAAAACUUAACGAAUCGUUGACUGGCUUCACAACUAAACUUGAUGGAAAACUCACAGGAUUUUUCCACCCUGUUGUGUGACUAGAUCAACUGAUGCCGAGGAAUCCUACAAAACACCGAGAUAACUAAUUAAACAUUUGAAUUCAGUUUGACACGUAUCUGCUGUAGUCCAUCAGGACAGUCUGACAACCCUCAUAAAAAGCCAAACAUGGAUAUGACCAACAGGACCCAUCACAACCCUUCCAUCCUCCAUAUGGAGUUCAGCCCGCUCAGUGACUUUAUGGAGGAGAACGACACCAACUCCACAGCGGGAGAGAGAAACUUGUUCAGCUGCGUGCAGGUCCGAAUCCCUCAGGAGCUCUUCCUGGCCCUGGGGCUCAUCAGCCUGGUGGAGAACAUCCUGGUAGUUCUGGCCAUAUUCAAGAACCGGAACCUGCACUCGCCCAUGUACUACUUCAUCUGCUGCCUGGCUGUGUCCGACAUGCUUGUGAGCGUCAGUAAUGUGGUGGAGACUAUUUUUAUGCUCCUGAACGACCACGGCCUAAUGGAUGUGCACCCCGGCAUGCUGCGCCACCUGGACAACGUCAUCGACGUGAUGAUCUGCAGCUCCGUGGUUUCCUCGCUUUCCUUUCUGUGCACCAUCGCCGCGGAUCGAUACAUCACCAUCUUUUACGCGCUGCGCUACCACAGCAUCAUGACCACGCAGCGCGCCGUCAUCAUCAUCGUGGUGGUGUGGCUGGCCAGCAUCACCUCCAGCAUCCUCUUCAUCGUGUACCAUACCGACAACGCCGUUAUCGUGUGCCUCGUGACCUUCUUCUGCAUCACGCUGGUGUUCAACGCCGUGCUCUACCUGCACAUGUUCCUCCUGGCCCACCUGCAUUCCCGGCGCAUCGUGGCUUUCAACAAAAGUAGGCGCCAGUCCACGAGCAUGAAGGGCGCAAUCACUCUUACCAUCCUGCUCGGAGUCUUCAUUUUAUGCUGGGGCCCCUUCUUCCUCCACCUCAUCCUCAUCCUCACCUGCCCCACCAGCCCCUUCUGCAACUGCUUCUUCAGGAACUUUAACCUCUUCCUCAUCCUCAUCAUCUGUAACUCGCUCAUUGACCCUCUCAUCUACGCAUACCGGAGCCAGGAGCUGCGUAAAACUCUACAGGAGCUGGUGCUGUGCUCCUGGUGCUUCGGGGUGUGACCUCAUGUGGCAACAUUUGGAAAAAAAAAAAGUCGGGUCAUCAACAAUGUGGACUACCUCCGCUCCCUGAAACGUAGCAGAGGUCGUCAAAGAUUUGACUGUUGCUUGCUUGAACAGGCACGAACUUUGACUCUCUGAUGAAGAGUUCCGGACAUCACUUAGAGGAUUUAGUGAUUAUUUCCACGUAUAGGGUUUCAUUUGCGUGUUUAUUUAUUAAAUCGUAACGCCAAUGCAAAUGAUAAACUGCGACAUUUAAUAAAUGUUUUACCUGAGAAACACCCUCUACCGAGUCGGUCAGGGGUGGUUGCUUGAUAACUGUCAAGCAUCUUAUUUAAAACAAAAGUACAUUCUCAUCUCUCCAUGUGUAUAUCGACUUGGGAUAUUUUUUGUGUAGCUUCUCCAUGUGUCUAUUUCGUGUUUCAGAAUUUAUCAAACAUAACUGUGCAUUUUAAAACAAUUACAGGAAACCAAAACCUGAUCUGGAAGUACUUCAAACUGUAUCCUUAAGCUGAUUUUUUUUUCCUUCAUUAAUGGAGACUGGCGUUUUUGGAGUACAAUGUGACAACAUGUUUUCUACGCCUUCAUAUGAAAUUCACAAACCAAUAUCAUACAGGCAUAUGACAGGCUGUGCCAUUAAAAAGACAUGCAUGAAAAUAGGUGUGUGGAACUUUUGCUAUAGCUGCACAUAGCACCAUGCCAAAAGAGAAAGAAUGAGGCUUCUUUUCACUUUGUUGCAGUGAGAAUUUGCCUGAACAAGUUUGCAUGGUUCAAGAAGGAUGAUUUUAGACAAGCAUACAAUUUUAAAUGGAGCAUGUUAUCUACGGUUAUUACAAACUAUUUGAAGACUCAGAGCCUCACAAAAAUAAUUUGUCUGGAUUUAAAGUUUAAAAAGAUCACAUGCACGGCCCCGCUUGGUGAUAGGCUUGAUGCCCAGGGCAGCAGGAUUUAUGAAAGGAAGCACAUAAGAUGUGUUUGGUUUUCAGAAAUGUUCAGACAGACAGUGGUCUUUUAAAGAUUCUUUGCCUUAUUUCACUUGUGUAAUCAUGCAAAUGAGACUGCAUCUCAUGACAUGUGAGGGAGUUUCACAAAAUAUCACUUGAAGGUAAAACCCACUGUGAUUACAGUUUGUCUCUGUCUCUGAAAGUCAUGCCGAUAUUUAAGUAAAGAGCAUAGGAUCUGUAUCACUGUCUGUAUAUAAAUAAUUUUAUACAGUUUAUGGUCUAUAUAGAACUUCCAUAAAACAGCAUAGGCUUACUUAAUUAUGAAAUACAUGAAUCCGUCCUGUGAUGUAUGCUAUGAAACUUAAAGGGUUUAAGCCUAAUAUUUAUUUUUACAAUUAUGUCUCAGUUUUAGCCUUUGAUUCAUGUUUGUAAGUAGGAUCUACAAUUAAGACUCUCAUCAAUUUCUCCUUUGUAUUUAAGCCAUAAAAUGUGGUCAUGUUUCAUUCCCUGCGCAGCAUGUGGCUGGAAAUGAUUUGGCAAGGGCUCAGAGAGCCCAUGAUCAGGCAGUGAGACAAGACAAAAUAAAUCAUACAUUAUUGGUUGGAAGAAUGCUUUCUUGUUAUGUGAAUUGUGCUCGUUUACAUUGACAAUAAUGCAGACUGUUAUACACUACUUGAAUAAUGCUUGCCAGAUAUGCUGCUGAGUAUUCAUGUGAUGUCUGAUGUCACUGAAUUCAGUCCUUGAAGCCACUCAGUGGGAUUUUUCUACUGACCUGUAUUUCAUGAUUGGCCUUACUUUUUCUUUCAUUUUUUAUAUGUACAGUUUAAUGUAGUACCUUUGACAUCUCAGCUCUAUCAUCUUUAUCGUGUAACUAUGAGAGUUGUAACAUAUUGUGAAUGUAAAGGAUGUGGUUGUCAUGUGUAUAAUAUGAAUAUUUAGGAAUAAGCUCUGUGAGAGUAAAUGAGAGUGUGGUUCUAUAUGCUGAGUAAAGUGAAGUAAAGUCAGCAUGUGAAUUUUGUGGGUAUACCAGUAUAUAGCUGAUGCACUGUGCAACCCAUGUUAACUUAAAACCAAGUCAAACAGGUAUAUGCUGUACAGUUAUUUUAUAGAGGGAGCCGGGUUACGUGGUGUAAUCUUUAGUGACAGCAUUGCAUGUUAUUUGUUGUCUCAAAUAAAGAGGCCUACACAACAA